AUGAAUAUCAGGUGUUUGUGGUGGGACACGAUUGGGGCGCGCACCGCCGUCUGGCAUCUGAGUUUUUCUCCGCCAGAUAGAGUCAAAGGAAUCGUUUAUCUCUCGGUUCUUCUUCUUCUCUUUCUUCUUCUUCUUUCUCUCACUCUGUUUUACAUGGAGAUGAGUUUCAUAAAGUUUAGGAAAUUAAUACAGGAAUCAGGAAGCAGAGAGGGCUUUUGCGAAAUACGAUGCUUGACAGUAAUCAAGAAGUUUUUGCUGAUCAACCAUGGCGAUGUACCGGUAGCACCUCCUGGAAUUGAGAUUAUCGAUCACAUGGAAAUUCCUUCGGCCAUCAGAGAGCCUUCGAUGUCAAUUCUGCGCACGGGAGGUCGAUUCUGA